CUCUCUCUUUCUCUCCCUCUCUUUCUCUUCCUCGACGAAUGUUUCUCCCCUGUUCCGAGCACACCAAUGGCUUCAUCGGUGUAAGUGAUCUUGCUGACUGUGAGGAGAUUCUGCCUCUCAGUCACAACUCUCGAGGAGGAGGAUUGUUGUCGUGUCUUCAUCGUUGCCAGGACGGACGGAGAGAACUAUGUAAUCGAGAGUGAGAGAGAUGCAGGGAGGAGGAGGAGGAGAACGUUUACGGGGCUUUCUCCACGUCGUCGGCUCCGUAAAACGAGAGGCGACAGAUGAGAGGAAACGAGAGCGAGGGAGGCAGAGGAGUGUCGGGGCGUGAAUGAAGGGACAGUAAGAAUGAAUCUCUCGCUGGUCCUCCUCAGAAGUGUGUCUCUCUUCAGAAUGGAUGUGAGACUGCUGGUGACUUUCCUGGCUCUCUGUUGGACAUGUACUGGAGCCUAUUCAUCAGAUACUUCUUCAACUACCGUUCAAAUCAAUACCACGUACCCUUCCAUCCCUUCCAUCCCUUCCAUAUCUCCCCCCUCAAACUGCACCAAUUGUUCCUGUGACCCGGCUCCUCGCCCCCUCAGGCCCCCGGCCGCACCCCCCACACUGGCUAUCCUGCAGGUCACAUGGUUUAAACCGUGUGAGGGCUGGGUAUACCUGUCUGUGCUCCAGUCUGACUCCCUGCCUCUCUGCCAGAGCAGCCUGGGUCUGGUGACGCAGAACUGGACAGGGCUGUGUCAGAGAGCUGGCUGCCUGGGGGCCCCUGAGUGGAGCCCCACACCGAGCUUCUCUCAUGGGCACGAGGUGCUGGAGAAUGGCGCAUUGGUCAAAACGAAAUGCCAAACACUGAAGGUCCGCUGCAAAGCCGCCCCUCCUCCUCCAGUGGGGCCGGACCUGCGUGGUCAGCUGGUGGCCUACAAGGUGUUGAGCGCCCUGCUGUGUGUGGUGUUUCUGCUGCUCCUGGUGGCCCGCUUUGGACAGCCCUCCCUCAGGGUCCUGCAGAAGAGACUGUCAGACAGGAGACAGAGUAGGUGGAUCGGACCCACACAGAGUCAGAGUGUAUCCUAUCACAGAGGGAAGAGUGCUGUCCAGGACACUGACGAGAGCAAGAGGUCAUCUUUUCCUGCUCUGGAGAGACUGACGGUGAACUACAGCCGAGAGCCUUCGUCCAAUAGGAACAGCGACUACGAUUCAUACAACUAACUUCAUCUUUUUUAUUGUUCACAUAUUAUUUUAAAUAUCCACUGUGAAAUAAUGUUGUUGGCAUGUUUUUGUUUACUAAAUACAUCUAAAUAAAUCUUAAUAAAUAAAGUUUGUUGAAGAAAAGUA